AUGGAUUAUAACACCGUCACUUCUGACUCGUCACCCCAUAUUCUCCUCCUCGCCCAACCACGGACUGGGUCCUUCCUACUACAGCGAAUGCUCGGCAUAGAAGACCAACCUAACGUCCACUUCGAUAACCAUGCACCCACACAUUGCGAAGCUGCCAUGCUCAUGGAAGAGCUAGGCAUCGCCAGCAAAGGUCUAGAAGAGUGGAAUGAGAGCCAAAAAGCCCAAGUGAUGGAGCACUUUGCGUCCCUCACCCAAAGCCUUCUCCAACGAAGAGCCGCCGCAGAGGCCGACAACAAGACCCUUUUCUACAAAGACCACCCCCAAUUUAUUUGGCGUUUAGAUGCUCGCAUACAACGAGAAGACGGAGGCUUUGACGCCAUACUGCCACAGUCUGAUGAAGCUGCCCAUCAAGCAGCAGCAACCAAUCCAACUAUUCUGCCCGUCGAAUGUCUCACGUCCUCGCGUGUGGUCAUUUCCGUCCGACACCCAGCCCUAUCCUCCGCCUCGGCUUUCCGCGGACACCUUGAGCUUUGA